AUGGAGAUGGGGAAUUACUCAGCUGUGACCGAAUUUUUUCUGGUGGGACUUUCCCAAUACCCAGAACUGCAGUUUUGUCUGUUCGUGCUCUGCCUCAUCAUGUACAUGAUAAUCCUCCUGGGAAAUAGCCUCCUAAUUAUCAUCAGCAUUUUGGAUUCUCGCCUCCACACCCCCAUGUACUUCUUCCUUGGGAAUCUCUCAUUCUUGGACAUCUGUUACACAUCAUCGUCCAUUCCCUCAAUGCUUGUUAUGUUUGUGUCUGAGAGAAAAUCCAUCUCCUUCAUUGGCUGUGCUCUACAGAUGGUUGUCUCCCUUGGGUUGGGCUCCACUGAAUGUGUCCUCCUGGCUGUGAUGGCUUAUGAUCGGUAUGUGGCCAUCUGCAACCCACUAAGGUACCCCCUUAUCAUGAACAGGGUGCUAUAUGUACACAUGGCUGCAUGGUCUUGGAUCACAGGUACUCUGAACUCCUUAGUGCAAACAGCCUUGACAAUGGUCUUGCCUUUCUGUGGGAAUAAUGUCAUAGACCAUCUUACCUGUGAGAUCCUGGCCCUUCUUAAACUCAUCUGCUCAGAUAUCACCAUCAAUGUGCUUAUCAUGACAGUGGCAAGUAUUGUUCUAUUGAUGAUCCCUCUGCUGUUAAUUUUCAUCUCCUAUGUUUUCAUCCUUUCUUCCAUCCUGAGAAUUAAUUCUGCCGAGGGGAGAAAGAAAGCCUUUUCUACCUGUUCAUCCCACCUGAGUGUGGUCAUCUUAUUCUAUGGUUCAGCCCUUUUUAUGUAUAUGAAGCCCAAGUCAAAGGACACAAAAGCAUCUGAUGAGAUCAUUGGACUGUCUUAUGGAGUGGUAACUCCAAUGUUGAACCCCAUCAUCUACAGCCUGAGGAAUAAGGAGGUGAAAGAAGCCAUGAAGAAAGUCCUGAGCAGACACUUGCACCAAUGGAAAAGUGAAAGGACUUGAGGUAUUGAUAUCCUCAAUGUGAGAUCAGAUCAGAUCUUUUGCAUUCAGAGAUAAAGUCACAGAACCCAGUUGCAAGAAAACUUACUUCCUAGUAAGACCAAAUAUAGGACUCCCAUUCCUGUCAAUAGAGAAUGUUCAUGCAAAUCUCUGAACACUGUCUUGUGGGCAGUUUCUAGCUGUUUGCAGCUCGGCCAGUUGGGCUCAUAUAGGGCAUAUGGCUUUUCUUCUCCUUUCUCUUCUCUCUUUCUCUCUCUUCCUUUUUUUCUUUCACUUUUCUCUUCUUUAUUUCCUCCUCCUUUUUGUCCUUUCCCCUUCUCCAUUUACUUUCUUCCUCCCUCUUCCUUCUGCAGGGUGUUUAUGUUUUCCCAGUUUCUGGUUUUCAUUUUUGUUUCAGACUGUUGUUCUAACUUUUUCUAUCAUUCCUCUCUGGUAAUCUUGUAUAUCUGUGUGUUGUUUAAGCUCUAAACAGUAUAUUUUGCCCACAAAUAAUAGACAUAAACCAUACAAAGUUAUAAAAUAUUGACUAUAUUCCCUGUGCUGUAUAUUACAUCCUUAUGACUCGUUUACUUUAUAACUGGUAGUUUGUACCGCUUAAUGGUUGUUGUU